CAUGGCUGUCGUUUUGGUUACCCCACGGGAAGAGGCAAAAGAGAACUCGUCCUCUGCACACCUGCGCUAUGAGCUGGCAGCCUGUCAAGCCCCGAUGGUCCGCCUACUCCACAUUCCCCAGCUUCUCCUCAACGCCACGAUCGACAGCCCCAGCGCCACCGGCAGCGAGACACGGCACCCCGUGGUCACCCAUGCUCUUGGUCCUCUUCAACAACGCGAGAUCCCUCGGCCUCCGAUUGGAUCACAAGAAGACUGAGGCCCUGUACGUUCCACGCGUAGUCCCGUUCUGGCUACUUCGUAAUAGUGCGUUCAUUUCCGGGCGAGCUGUGGGGCCGCCCCCUCGCCCGAGUCACCCAAGCAAGCGCUCGACUCCACUCUCUCGCGAACAUCUAGACGCCGCUGGUUGUUCCCGGACCAAGGACCAGCCCCCAGACGACCCGGCCAAGUUUCGGUACUCCCGGACUUCGUCAAGCCACGAAAUGAAUGGUGGAACGAACACAAGCCCGAGCACCGCCCGUUGGCCUCCCUCCCCCGCGUCGACCUGGCGCGUGUGGUCGGACAAGUCCCCGGACACUGGGAUUUCCAAGAAUACCACCACCGGUUCGACCACCCAGUCGAAAGUUUCACGGACUGCCUCUGCGGCGAUCCCAACGAACAAGGACACUACAAGUCGUGCCCCAUCACCAAGGCACUCCUCGUCCAAAACAAGAACCGGGUGGCUCCCGGCGCCUGGGGCCCGAUCAGGUAUGCUGCACUCCACCACGAGUCCGGAAGUUCAGAGAUAUCAUCUGUGCAGGGACAUAACCCAAGCAAGAAUCGAGCACUGCUGCCUUAGCCUCUUUAUACUUCAUCAGCUAGCAAAUAUGCACGUUGUCCCGCACAAAAUCGUCAUCUUUCGCAAUGCUCUCGUGAAUUGGGAUCACGUCGUAAUUUCAGCCCGAUCUUCUCCGUGGGCACACCUCAGGGGCGCGCGUGUCGUGAGACCACCUAUACUGACACGUAACGAAGUUCGAGUUUUUACUUGCGACCUCAUUGCUUGAUAUGUAGAUCACCAAUCUCGCGCACUACUCGAGCUAGCGAUUUUGCUAUCUGUGCUCGAAGGAGGGACAAUAUCCUUUCGCCUCUCAAGAUUGGUACUCGGACCUGCGAGGGUGAAGGCUCCGAAUCACCAAACGCAGCCUUGACAUACAAAACUAGUGUUGCGUAGUAGAUCGCGUACGGUAUGUGAGGUGCUUCGUGUUGGGCGUGUUGCGGGUCUCCAGGUGCCUCAAUCUGUUGUUGUCUCGAGUCCACUUGUCUGGAUGGCAGGAGAUUCUCCGCGGCGGCCAAUAACCUC